CGCUGGCCCCGAUGCUCAUGGUUCGCUUGACCACCACCAUCUUUUAGCAAUUGACUAGGUGCCUAGUCCCAUGCAACCCAAGUGGGAUUUGUGUCUCUCCACCCUCUUGUGUGUUUGUUGGACGGGCAGGCAAGGUGCGAUAUGACAUCGGAUCUCCACCUGCUCUCUGCCAACCGGCCUGUUUGUUGCCUUCCCAGACUCCCACCCACGGUACUAGUAUAAACACUCCUCUCCCAUUCCCCUCCCCCGAUCCCCCCUCCCGCCCUCCUGCCAUCUCAGUUCUAUUGUCUCCCAGCCAACUUCUCCCCUAGCCUCCCCCUAUACCGAGUAACUCCUUCGUUAAGGUUACUUUAAGAACCUCGAUCAAACCCUUCGCUCUGUGGUUGAAGAACAUCAAGCCCCUUUCGUUCAGGUCGCCAACAUGAAGGCAGCUAUCUCGCUUCUUGCCCUCGCCGCCUCGGCUGUGGCUCUCAAUGUUCCCCGAGGGCACCCCCAUGGAGGGAAGGAGACGACCACCCUGACCACCUAUGAGACAGUGACCACAUGCCCCGUCACAACCACCAAGACUAGCAAUGGGUCCACGUAUGAGGUCACCCAGUUGACGACGUCCACCAUCACCAUCACCACUUGCUACGGCUGCGGUGGGGGACCAGCGACUGUUACUGUCCCGGGACCAACAAGCGUCGUGGGAACCACAACCGAGGUUGAUGUGACCUAUACCACCGUUUGCCCCGUUACGGAAACCGUCACUGGUGCUGGCAAGACGUAUACGACCGAGUACACAACCACAAGCGUCGUAUACACAAAGGUUCUGACGACUCUGUACGAGACCGUUCCAGGACCUGCGGUGACGCAGACUGAGGGAACUGUCGAGUACAGCACCAUCACAUCUCUCUGCCCAGUGACGGAAACCAAGACGGAGGGUGGUUCGACCAUCUACGUUACCUGGACCUCGACGUCGUUGAUCACCGUCGUGGUCCCCACCACCGUCGACGUCACCCAAGUUGGCCCUCCGGUGACGGAGACCGAAGGAGCUGUCGAGACAUACACCACCACCUCUCUCUGCCCUGUGACGGAGACCAAGACGGUUGCGGGCUCGACGAUCCACGUCACCUGGACCUCAACACAGGUGAUCACCACCGUGAAGCCCGUCACCAUCGAUGUUACUGUCGGGUCGGGCGCUACCGUGACCGAGUAUCCGACCGUCGUUGUGACCGAGAACGGGACUGUCGUUCAAACCCACACUGCCCCGCCAGGCACGGUUGUCGCCCCAACAACCGUCUCUGCCACUCCUGUGCCUUCAGUCGUUACUUCUGCUUCAUCCUCUGCUCCUGUGCAGGUCACCAACGCCGCAAACCCCAACAAGGCUCCUGCCGCGGCCUUGCUUGCCGGUAUCUUUGGUGUUCUUGCCCUUGUCUGA